AUGGGGAAAGGAGUAAAGCAGGGAAAGCUCUGUGACAUCAUAGGGGUAGGGGUGGGGGGUCCAGGAUUCCUGAGAACAGGAACAGCUUAUGUACAGUUCCUGAAACAAGAGUACUACUGUGCUCCUCAGUACCACUGCUGGAAUGUGGAGCAUCAAAGCGCAGUUGAGGCAAGAGAGCACAUCAACCUGUGGGUUGAAGCCAGGUGUCAGCUAUGUGUUCUAGCAAAGGGCCAGAUGGUAAACAUUGUAGGCUCCAUGGUUCACGGGGUUCGAUGCAUCUACUCAGCUCUCCCCUUGUGGCAGAAAAGCAGCAUAGGCAGAUUUGGAGCCAAACAGAGGAAACUAAGGAAACCUUGUCUGCUGAGAUUGGCUUCCCUAGAGAAAGCGCUGAAGCAGAGGACAUCAGAUGUCAGGCGGUGGCAGGAUAGAGAACAAAGCACAGCAAGGAGCAAGAGUGAUGUGGUGGUCUGUCUUCUACUACAAUAUGAGAUCCAUAUAUUCUCUAUGUGGAAUACAGCAGAGGCCUUGUUUCUAUUCACUGCUGUAUCCUCACUACGUCCUCACUACAUCCUCUGGUAUAUAAUGAAUGCUCAGUACAUUUUGACCCUGAAUACCCACCAUUGGUACCACCACCAUUCUAAUCGCCGAAGUUGGAAAGCUUGUGCUUUAUUGGCUCUCAACUGUCUGCCAUCUUUUGUCAGCCCCAAGACCUGUCAUUUCUCCAUCUGUGAGAGCCCUAAUAUCUACCCAUUGUGUCCUCUGUCUCCCACCCCUGCUCUACCACAUCACAUCCCACCCCACAGGUUCUAGUUCCUAAAUUACCUUCAUUGCUUCGUAACUGAUCUCUCUGCUUCUCUCUCCCUCCAAUA